AUGGCGGCCUGUUUGCUCGAUGACCUCGGCCCGCUCCCUUGGAGUGGGAUGCUCGACGUGGCCUCCGGGCUUCGAUUUCGAGCAACGUCUCGAACAGCAAAGGGCUUGGCCAACCGACACCUCGACGUCGGAGCCGUGCUGGCACGUCGGCUGGCCUACGUCGAGGCAAGUGGAGCAGCCUGCAAUUCUGUUGCUUCUUUCUGGAGAAAGCUCGCUGCCCUUCGGAAGUUUUGUGAGCGUGGUGGGCGCGGCCAUGUGGAAGUGGUGAUGGCACUGCAGCAGAGACUUCAGGACCCUGACUGGCGCGUGCGGCAAGCUGUCAUCACAGUACUCCCGGACGUUUUGGAAAGCAACGUUCGAGCCCCGAUGAACGUGAAGGUCAGUGAGCUGGUGGCAAAGAAGGUCUUGGAAGACGAGUGCGUGGAUGUGCGGGAGAGCGCGGUGAGCUCUCUGCCCUCCCUGGCUGCGCGGGGACACGAGCCGGUCGUCCACGCAUUGAAGUCUGCCCUGUCAGACCCGGGGCACGUGGUGCGGAGAGCGGCUGUGGGCGCUUUGUCUCAGCUGUCGCUUCCCGACUCCUCGGCCGGCUCUGCGGUGCUCGGUCGCGUCAUGGACAUCGACAUGGAAGUCCGACGAGCCGCCCUGAUAUCGGCCCGACAGAUAUAUCGACUGGCCAGCGAGAAGGGCUGGCUCUUGCAGUAUGCGCAAGCAUUUCUGGGGCGGCUUCGGGGGGAUCCGCACAUCGAAGUGCGCUUGGCCGCCGUGGAUUGCCUCGAGACGCUGGCUGCGGACGAUCAGCGGGUGGUCUCCGAGCUGGUUCAUUCAGCUGGGAUGCCCGAGCAGCCCUGUCGGGUUCGGGAGCGGUGCCUGGAAGCUCUGACUCAGUUCAGCUCGGAAGCUGGCUCCCAGCCACCCACGAGGGAGAACAUUCAAGUUCAAUGCUUGGGCAGCCAACUUGUUCCCAAGAUGGCCGCUGUGCUGCACGCGGCCUUGCAGCGGACGCAGCCGCCGCAACUGCGGAUUUCCGCUGCCCGAUACCUCGCGUCAGCGGGAAGUCAUCCAGCAUAUCGGGAUGUAGCGGAGCUGGGGAUGCUUGAUACUGACCUGAGCAUUCAGAGCUUAUGCAUGACGGCCUUCUUGAAGAUAGGACGCGGAGGUGAACGGUCGAAGCGCCUUUGUGCUGCUUGGGCAUUGAGGAACCUGAAACACACGUCCAGAGAGGUUCGUUUGGACGCAGCUGGUAAGUUCAAACUACUCGGCAGAACAGGCGAUGAGGCAUUGGAUGCCGAGAUUUUGUCCACCCUGCUGCUUCGGCUGGAGGAUGCUUCAGAUAUCGCAGCUGUUGCUUUGGAUGCAGUGGCAGCUUGCGCCACAGUCGGCAGCGUCACAGCCAUCCGGUCUUCGAGUCGGACAUUCUCUACCGCUGUAGAUCCGAAAGUAAAGUGCGCUGCAGCGAGAGCUUUGGCACAGGUAGCCAAGACGGGUGAUGAGUCUGCAUUAUCAGCUCUUUGCCAAGGGCUGAAAGCGAACGCCGAUGGAGAAGUCAGCUGCGCAGCUAUUCAAGCCAUUGGUACUUUGAGCCGCCGAGGUGAUGCUUCUGUGCUUGCCGUGUUGGUUGAUCUGUUGCCAGUGUUAGGGCAUGAGGAUCGUGACGAUCACGAUGCCCUUCGGGAAGCUCUCCCGGCACUUGCUCGGCUCGCGCGGCGGGGUAAUGGUGUUGUCACUGCCAGCAUCUUGAGGAUUCUGGAGCGAAGGCCAGCCGCAGGGAUUCAGGUCGCUUGUGUGCAGGCCCUGCAAGCUGUUGCAAGGAAAGGUGACUCGCGCAUCCUUGAAUGCCUGCUAACACUACUCAGAUCUGUGGAGCCAUCCGUAUGUGAAGCUGCCGUGUUAGCCGUUGCGGAGCUCAGCAAGCUGGGGGACGCCACGACAAUCUGCAGUUUGUUGCCACUGCUUUCUGGUGCGACCCACGACGAGCCGAGACUCCGAAUCGCAGCAAUUCGGGCCACAGCGGCGCUUGCCACCCGUGCUUCCGAAGGAAAGCACAGCGAUGCCACAGCCAUAGCUGCAGUUGCGGACUGUCUCAAGGACGCCGAAGUGAGAUCUGAGGCCAUUGAGGCAUUGUCCAAGAUGGCGCAAGCUGGUGAUCGGAUCGGCGAUCAGGUGGCCAUCGCCGCUGUGUCCCGUUACCUCGCCCACUCCGACCCGGACUGCCGCGCAGCUGCAGCCUUCGCACUGACGAAGGUUGCUCGAGCUGGUGAUCAGGCCGUCGUGUCGGCGCUGAGUCGGUGCUUGGAGAGCGACUGUGCUGUGGUCCAGCGCUCUGCUGCACAGGCCUUGGGUGAGCUUUGUGGACAGGCGCAUCUUCGUGCAGUGGAGGAGCUGGAGGCGCAGUUGCUGAACCCUGAUGCCAGCGUUCGCGAUGCAGCUACCGCAUCCCUAAGGAAGAUUCGUGGAAUCAAGGCCGUCCCUGUCAUUGUCCAUGCUUGGCAGGUGCAGAGGGAUCGGCCUGUGCAUGCGAAACGGCGGCGUUCGCCAAGCCCUCUGGCAGAGGAACGUUUUGUACAUAGAAAGAUGCCAGCUGAAUUGAAUCAACGUGCUUUUCCGACUCAGAUCGCUCAAGGAUAG